CCGAAACUUACCGGCGCGUCUUUUCUCACUUCAUCUAUAUUCUAGUUCAGAAUAUUCUAACUCAUUUUUUUCCACCUUAAAAACUAAUUUAAUGUGAUAACUGCGUGUUUUUUAACGUAUUUUCACCGUCUAACCUUCAUUUACUGGAUUAUUUAAUGGCAUAUUUCUGCUCGUGCGCUGCCGCCGUGCUGUGAUGUUGUUCCAGACCGUUUCCAGAGGUGGAUAUUAGUUUUGUUUUAUUGUCCCGGGUAGGACCGGACCGACUCUGUUGGUGUCCCGGGUUAAAGGAUGCUGCUGAUCCGGGUCAGCCUUGCUUUGCUGUCCUGGUUCUGUUCGGGGAGCCGGGGCCAGGACUACGACAGCUGGGCGAACCAGGCGGUGUUAUCCAAUGGUCUCUGUCGCUAUGGCAACAGCGUGGAGUGUUGUUGGGGCUGGAGACCGAUGGACUGGGGACGCUGUCAACCUUACUGUCAGCAGGGCUGUAAACACGGAGAGUGUGUCGGACCGGACCGAUGCAAAUGUCACCCAGGAUACACCGGCAAGGCCUGUAACCAAGACCUGAACGAGUGUGGUCUGAAGCCUCGGCCCUGUAAGCAUCGCUGCAUGAACACGCCGGGCAGCUACAAGUGUUACUGUAUGGACGGAUACAUGCUGCAACCGGAUGGUAGCUGCAGGAAUGCUCGAACAUGUUACCAUGCCAACUGUCAGUACGGCUGUGAGGUCAUCAAAGGGGCGGUCCGGUGCACCUGUCCGUCGCCGGGGUUACGGCUGGGACCCGACAGACGCACCUGUGUGGACAUCGAUGAGUGUGUGUCGGGCGGCGGCGUGUGUCCUCGUCGCAGGAAGUGCAUGAACACGUUCGGCAGCUUCUUGUGUAAAUGUCACCUCGGCUUCAAACUCACGUACAUCAACGGACGCUACAGCUGCAUCGAUAAAGACUCUCGGCCGUUCUGCUCUUUGAAUCCGUCUUCUCCGAAGUGCCGCUGUAAAGACGGCAGCUGUAAAGCGAUACCCAAAGUCCCUCUGGAGCCGCCGAGACCGAGAACUACAAGAACUACAACUCCCAUCACCACCACUACAACUACGACUACUACGGCUCAGCCAACCACUACGGUCCCCACAACGACCAUCACCAUAGCAACAACUUCUCUGGCUGCUGCAACCACCACUUCAAUACCUACUACUACUAAACCUGAUACUACUACACCUGUUACUACUACUACACCUAUUACUACUAUACCUGUUACUACUACACCUGUUACUACAACACCUGUAACUACUACACCUGUUACUACAACACCUGUAACUACUACACCUAUUACUACUACACCUGUUACUACUACUAUACCUGUUACUACUACACCUGAUACUACUACACCUGUUACUACUACACCUGUUACUACUACUACACCUACUACUACUACACCUGUUACUACUACACCUGUUACUACUACUACACCUGUUACUACUACACUUAUUACUACUACUACACCUGUUAUUACUACACCUGUUAGUACUACUACACCUGUAUCUACAACUACACUUCUUACUACAUCAGAAACCACUCCUCUUAUUAUUACUACUACUACUAGUACUACAACAACACCUGUUACUACUCCAUCCAGUACUGUUCCAAGUACUGCACCACCUGUACCUACCACCACUGUGAGUACAUUUGCUCCGGUGCCUACUACAACCGAACUGGAUACUACUACAACUACUACGGCAAUGACGACAACACCAACGAUCGCUACCACGGUCGCCCCGACCACCACCACCACCACCACCACCGUGUCCAUGGCAACAACCACAGUGAACAACAAGAUCAACAAGGACGUAACGCAGAAACAGAGAGGAGACGUGCACAUCCCUCGUAACCCGGGUCAGAACCAGGUCUGGGAGUUUGACAUCGAGUUGGGAAACACGGCAGACGAGGCCAAAGACGAUCCUGAUGUCGGAGUACUUCACUGUUCCUUCGAUCACGGAAUUUGUGAUUGGAUGUCUGACAGAGACGGUGACCUGCAGUGGGAAACUGUUCACACCUCUGAAGGUGGACGUUACCUGUCCGUCCCAGAGCUGAAGGCGGGACAAAGGAGCAUCCGUGGCGCUCGAUUGGCCGUCCAAAUAGUCCCGCCCUGGAACCACGGCGACCUGUGUUUCUCCUUCUCUCAUUGGUUGACGGGGCAUCACGUGGGCGUGCUGCAGCUGUUUAUCCAAAAAAAAGGACGAAACCAAAGGUAUAGCCCCGCCCUCUGGAGCAGGACAGGUGGACACGGCUGGAGACAGACGCAGGUUACCUUGACGACGCACGCUCUGGACAAGGUGUUGUUGAAGGCCGAGCGGCGGAAAGGACGACGAGGACAAAUCGCCGUCGAUGAUGUCAGACUGAGACGGGGGGCGUGUCGAUGACAUCACAGAGCGUCCUCACACAGACGGACAAUUUAAGACUUUUCAAAUCUGACGAAUCGCGGAUAAUUUAAAGGAAGAUGCUGCUGUUUUUUUAUAUAUAAAAAUAAAUCCUGUAAACUGUUUGACGUUUUCAGCAGUUUUUAGAUGAAUUUUCUCGUUGCUUCGUUAUUUAAACUCUUUCUGAGAAGGAGGAAAAAAACAAAAAGACUAAAAGUACAAACUCAGCAGAGCGACAGAGGAACUCCUGUGACCUUUGACCCUUCAGCGUUCAGAUGGAAAUGAAGUCAAACAUUCACUGAAACUGAACUUUGCUUUUAUUUUUGUAAGUGAAAUAUUCUCAGAGGGUUUUUAUUGUUUAACAAAGUUCUUUCUUCAGUCUCUGACUCAGUAAACAUGUUGUUUACUUUCCAUAUUCUGAGAUAAAUAACUGUUAUUAUA